UGACGUCUUGGGGGCGGUGCCAGGUUUAAGGGUCGCGCUCAGUGGCCGCGCUCGCCAGGACCAUGUUUCGAGGGGCGCUAUGGCUCUUGGCAGGUCGAGGCUGUGUGGGCCGGGGGCUAAGCACACGCAGUGGAGGCUCGACUCCGGACUGGACUGAAAAGGUGUCUGAAAUUAAGAAGAAGAUCCAGUCAGCUCUUCCUGGAGGGUCCUGGGAUCCACUGUAUGACACCAGCCACCUGCCCCCUGAACACUCGGAUGUCGUGAUUGUGGGGGGCGGGGUGCUUGGCCUGUCCGUGGCCUAUUGGCUGAAGAGGUUGGAGAAGCCCCGAGGUGCCAUCAAGGUGCUGGUGGUGGAUCGGGACCACACGUAUUCCCAGGCCUCGACCGGGCUUUCCGUGGGCGGGAUCCGCCAGCAGUUCUCGCUGCCUGAGAACAUCCAGCUCUCCCUCUUCUCAGUGGACUUUCUACGGAACAUCAAUGUACGUGCAGUCAAAUUCCCGCUUGUGGAGCUGGGUCUGCACUGCUCCCUCUACACGCUCAUCCUCACUAACAUACACACAGGCACACGUGUUUCUCUCAGGCAGGAAGGAGCCAAAGUGUGUCUGAUGUCCCCGGAGCAGCUGCAGAACAAGUUUCCCUGGAUUAACACGGACGGAGUGGCCUUGGCGUCUUAUGGGUUGGAGGGUGAAGGUUGGUUUGACCCCUGGUGUCUGCUCCAGGGGCUUCGGCGAAAGGUCCAGUCCCUGGGGGUCCUUUUCUGCCAGGGAGAGGUGACACGUUUCAGCACGUCAUCUAGCCGCAUGCAGACCAGCAGUGGGAAUGAGGUGACCAUGAAGAGGAUCCAUGAAGUCCAUGUGAAGAUGGACCACAGCCUGGAAUACCAGCCUGUGGAAUGUGCCCUCGUGAUCAAUGCCGCCGGGGCCUGGUCUGGGCAAGUAGCAGAGCUGGCUGGUAUUGGGAAGGGCCCACCUGGCACCCUGGAGGGCACCAGGCUACCUGUGGAGCCAAGGAAAAGGUAUGUGUACUUCUGGCACUGCCCCGAGGGACCAGGCCUGGAGACUCCGUUCAUGGCAGACACCAGCGGAGCCUAUUUCCGCCGGGAAGGAUUAGGCCACAACUACGUGGGUGGCUGCAGCCCCACUGAGGAGGAGGAACCGGACCCGGGGAACCUGGAAGUGGACCACGAUUUCUUCCAGGACAAGGUGUGGCCCCAUUUGGCCCACAGAGUACCAGCUUUUCAGAGCCUGAAGGUUCGGAGCGCUUGGGCCGGCUAUUACGACUACAACACCUUUGACCAGAACGGCGUGGUGGGCCCCCACCCCCUGGUCGUCAACAUGUACUUUGCCACAGGCUUCAGUGGCCAUGGGCUCCAGCAGGCCCCCGCCGUGGGCCGAGCUGUGGCCGAGAUGGUGCUAAAGGGCCAGUUCCAGACCAUCGACCUGAGCUCCCUCCUCUUCAGCCGCUUUUACUUGGGAGAAAAGGUGGAAGAGCGCAACAUCAUCUGAGCCUGUCAGCUCUUCGCUGGCCCCACUUCCCCGUCUGUCAGCCCUGGCCAAAUCCUGGCCCAUGUUCAUGUCCUCCUCCCCAAAAUCAUGCCAGGAGCUCCUCCAUCCUCCUCUCACUCAGGUGAUUCUGUCCCCAUGUGGCUGGGCAGGUGGGCAGGCGGCAGGCUCUGAGGUUCUGCGCCUGAGGCCCAGGCUGAGAGGAUGAGGGAGCAGGACCCUGGGGCUGAUCCCUGGCCCAGGCUGAUGCUGCCCACCAAGGCGAUCCAGCUGGACAGCACGCCUCAGUGGUCCUGAGCACCAGGCCCAGGGCUGGCUCCCUCCUGGCACCAACCAGAAAGGUCACCGCUGCCCCUCUUCGCAGAGCCCAGGCAGGGAGUAUUCCGGUGCAGCUGGCCCCAAUUUAUUAUCAAUCAAUAAAUGUGGUGAACUCCUUC